GAGAUUUUGACCGACCACUUGAGAUGCUGACAUCAUCAUUGUCACGUGGAACAUUGCUUUGUUUGUGCGAGCUUGUCCGAAAGAUCCAGUUUUGAGUUUUUUUUUUUCUCUUUCCUUUUUUUCAUUUUUUUGUUUGUUCGAGAAAAUAGCCACCAACGAGAGAGAGAGAGAAUGAGAAGGAAUCAGAAAAUGGAUAUUUGAAUUUUCCAAAAGCUUCGAUCUUUGAAAGUUUUCAAAUUCCUCAGAUGAUUUCGGUGAGCAGCAGCGAUGCUAGAAACGAAAUAGGGUUAGGGUUUGGUGGAGGAAUUGAGGAAGAAGACAUGGAGAUGGAUGAAGAUGAGGAAGAGGAAAGCACACAUUCUUAUGUUUCUUGCGUUGACCCUGACGUUGCUCUCUCUUAUAUUGAUGAGAAGCUGGAGAACGUGUUAGGACAUUUUCAAAAGGAUUUUGAAGGUGGAGUCUCAGCUGAAAAUUUGGGUGCAAAGUACGGUGGCUAUGGUUCGUUUCUGUCUAUGUAUCAAAGAUCUCCUGCUUGUAAGAGUCCACCACAAGUGGUGGGUCAACCUAAGUGCUCAGCUUCACCUUCAAAAGCUGGUUCUACUUCUAAAGCUCCUCCUCCUGCUUCUUCUGAUGUUUUGGCCAAGAUGAAAAACUUGGUCAAAUCAAGUAAUGAUAUCAAACAAAAACCUCUCACCAAAACCUCUCCUUCUCCUUCUUCUUCUUCUGCUCCUUCUAAUCAUAAGACACUCAAACUCCGUAUCAAAGUUGGUUCAAAAAGUGACCUCUCUCUGAAAAACGUUUCUACCUAUGAUGGUAAACAAGGCCUCAAUAUGAUGCCACCAUCAGAAGUUGAAGAAGGGUUACUGAUUGGGACUCAUGAUUCGCCAACUAAAAUUCUUAUGGCUAUGGUGUCUUUCCCUUUUCAUAAAGACCAGCUGUUAUCACCUCUCUCUGAUGAUCUCAUUCAGUUGGGAAAGAAAGGACACAUCAUGAAAGAUGCACUAAGGUGUGUGAAGAAGGAAAAGUUAAAGUAUAUGCCUCCACCGUCAAACAGGCUUGAUGGAAGUCAUAUUGUAUCUGAUACUGAUAGAGAGGUUGAUAAAGAGUCGUCAUGUGAGGAGCUUGUUUCCAAGACUAUGAAGCUUCCUCUUCUGUCCUGUCUAUCACCGUCAUCUAUCCACCGGGCAAAAGAGAUUGAUAAGAUAUCAGAUUCUUAUGUGGAGGGUGCAUUGAGAGGGAUGAGCAACACUGACCUGGAUGCAGCUUUGAUGGGAGGUUCAAAGCCUGAACUGGAAGAUGAUGUAGUAGCGUUUCCAGAUCAAAGUGUUGAGGGAACUGAAAGUGUUAACACAAGAAAAGACAUGGAAGAAGGUGAACAUGUAGAUCCUGUGGUAAAGGUUAGUAAGAGUGAAGAGCAAAGUUUGAAGUCAAAACUUCCUAAAGCACAGAAGUCCCGGAAAAGUUCAAGCAGGAAUGGUUUGAGAGGCAAGGAUGCUGCUGUAAAUGUAAUUAAUACGAGUCUACCAGAUAAAUUGCAAGAAGAUAUUGGUGAUUCAGGAGAAGCAAAAGAACAAGAACAAAGUAGUCUGGUUCCUAAAUCUAAGAAAGAAAAUCUCUCAGAAGAAAGUGCAGUGAAGGAGAGUUUCAACAGUGUUAGAAACGAUGAAGAGGCAUGGAAGUGUGAACCAGAUUCGAAGCAUCCUAUCAAGUCAAGUGACUUAAAUAAAGAUCUACACAACGCUAAGGAGAGUGUUAGAUCAGAAGUGAAAAAUAAGCAUUCUGUUGUAGGAGGAAUGGAACCUGAAAGAGAACUGUCUGGGACUUGUAAGAAACCAAAGACUGGAAAAUCAAGAUUUUCUGCUCUAGAUCAACCUGGAUCCAACAAAACUAUUAAGGAUAUUGGUAAGCCUUCCCCUCAUGAAGACAGAAAGAGGAAACAGAAGGAAAAUAAAGAAAGUGGAGAUUGUAUUAGAGACGCCGCAGUAAUGGAGCCAAGUGGAGAGAAAGUUAGAAAGCAAAAGAGGCUUAAGGGUUCAAGUUAUGAUGGAAAGGAGUUGCCUGAGAGUUGUGAUAGGGACAGAGUAGUUACUCAGGAAAAUGGUAGAGAUAGUGCUUCUCAUCAACCUUUGGUCCAUGAAGCCAAAGGUUCACUAGUUGACUCACUAGCUCCUUCAGCCUUAGACCCACCUGAGCUUAAAUCAGAAAGAAUCUCAGACCGGGAUAAACACCAUGAUACUGACUCUAGUGCUGGUGAUACUCGAAAAAGAUGCAGAGAUGGUGAAGGUUAUAUCACUAUGGAUAAACCAGGGACAACAAGGAAGGCUGCAGAAAGUUUGAGGGACAACAAAGAAGGUUAUUGCACAGAGAGUGAACCUCAACAAGAAAAGGCAAAAGAAAGCAGAAACAAGAAAAGACCUGCUAGAAAAGUGUCUAUAGAGAGUAACAAAGAGGACUCAUCAAGGGAACAUCAAGAUCCUAUUAAUAAGCUAGAUAAUACAAAUAGUACAGACCAAGUUGAAGUCUUAAAUCACGGCAGGGAGAUAUCAACUACAAAGACAAAGGUUAUGAGACAUGAUGAUCAUGUUGGCUCAAGCCCUUUGAAAAAGGAAAUUACGAGUCAGGCUGCAUCCAACUCAAUCAAAGAGGCUACAGACUUGAAACACAUAGCUGAUCGUCUUAAGAACGCUGGGAACAAUCACGAGAGCAUUGGUUUUUACUUUCAGGCAGCGCUUAAGUUUCUUCAUGGUGCCUCCCUUUUGGAAUCCUCUGGCACUGAGAAUGCCACACAUAAGAGCAUUGUCACAUCCAAGCAUAUCUAUGGCAGUACAGCAAAACUUUGCAAGUUCUGUGCACAUGAAUAUGAGAAAGAUAAAGAUAUGGGGGCUGCUGCUUUGGCUUAUAAAUGUAUGGAAGUAGCUUAUCUAAGGAUAACUUAUUCCUCCCAUGGAAACAUAAACAGAUAUAAAUCUGAGUUGGAAGCAUCUCUGCAAGUGAUUCCUUCAGGUGAAUCUCCUUCCUUUGCUUCUGAUGGUGAAAACCCAAACAAGACAUUGGUAGCAGAGAAGGUUGCCUUGUCCACCCCUGUGAGGUCAUCCCCUAAAGUAACUGGAAACCAUGUUCUCUCUUCAGGAAACCAUUCCUCUCUUUCACAGCUUUUGACUUUUUCGCAAAACGUAAGCCUUGCAAUGGAUGCAUCAAGAAAAGCACAGACCGCCUUUGCAGUUGCAAAGGGGAAAUCGUCUGACACCAGAUACAGUAGUAACGGCAUAACAUCCAUCAAAAGGGCUAUUGAUUUCAGUUUUCAGGACAUGGAGAAGCUGGUGCAUGCGGUGAGGUUUGCAAUGGAAUCCAUAAACCGAUGAUUGUGAAUUAUGAUCUCACCUUUGUACAAGUAUCAUAGGGCCAUACUCAGAGCGGAGAAGAGAAAGGAAAGCUACCUUUGAGUUUUGCUUGGGGAAUUGUAGACUAUAUAAACUUAUUUUACUGCGCAAGUGUAUAGUGUUAGGACCUUAUUUGUGAGAGACUUGACGAAGAUUUGAAGUUAUCAUCAUGUGUUUGUUCAUAUA